CAGUGCUCCGUUAAUUUUCUUUUAUUGGUCAAACAAACACGCCUUGUUUCGUUUUUGCUCCUUUUUUUUUUUUCCUCGACAAAGCGUCGCUCUCUCUUCUUUGCAGUCGCAUCGCAUCGCUUAUUCGAUUGCGUUGUAUUUUUCGCUCUUUCCCUUUCAAUUUCAUCAUCGGUAAUCCUCCUUAUCAAUCAUUAUUUUUUCUUCGCCUUUUCUCUCUCUCUCUCUCGAUGCGUAAAUUUCUAGGGUUUCGUUUCUAAUCCCAUCUUUACCUUUGUAUUUUGCCUGAUAUUUGAUUAGAUCUCGCUUCCUUCGUAGGUAGGAUUUCUGUCUGAUUCUUGCGAAUUUUGUUCUUCAAUUUUGGGGAUUCCCUGUUUUUUGGGUUUAGGGUUCUACAAAAAAAAAAUAGAAAAAGAAAUCUAUCUUCGUUAUAAAGGGGGAUUUGGGGUUUUGUUCUAGGUUGAUAGAUAUAUGGCGGCUGGGAGGCAUGGGGGUUACCGCGACAACGAAUUCAGGGACCGCGAGUCCAACUUGGAUGUUUCUAGGCGUGGUUUCGCGAAUUCGAAAGAAGAGUACGAUCGGGUUCGGAAUGGUGGCCGUGAUGUUGUGAGAGGUGGGAGCAGGGAUGCGAGAGAUAGGAUUAGGAUGAGGCAGAGGGAUAUCAGGGAGAGAGAAACCGUUAAUGGCAGCUACCGGUCAUCUUCGAGUCGGAGUGACUCCGGCAGCAGUGGUGGCGGCCUUGGCCCUCGUCGGUGUGGGUUUUCUGUCAAGGCAAUGGAUAGAGAGCCUGGUGAGCUUUCCAGUGAGAGUGGGUCUGAUGAUGCUAUUGAAUCAGAAUCAGGGGUGAAAAACUGUGAGGUUGGUGUGUUUGAAGAAAACAGGACUCGGUCACCACCACCACCACCGGAGAGGAAAAGGAAAUUUUCGCCUAUAGUGUGGGAUCAGGAUGACAAGGAAGUGAACGAGUCAUCCAAAGUUAGGGUUUCCUCCGCUGCUGUGACUGCUCUGCCUCCUCCACCUCCGCUGCCUAAAACGUUCCUUCAGUCGCAGUCACAAUCGCCAAAUGCAAUGUGUGGUGGAGUUGAAAUACAUCCUGUCAGAAACAGAGAAACUGAGGAUCUUGAGUUGCCGACAGCACCUAAGAUUCCUCUGCCCUCUCCUUCAGGUUUGCAUUCCUUGUCACCAAAACAGACUUGGGGUAAUGAUCAGGAAGCUGAGCAGCCAGAAGGUGAAGAUUAUGUUCCAACUCGUAACAUAUCUUCUUCAAGAUGGGCAGCUGGUGAUAACUCUCCUGGUGAUGAGGGUGAAAUCCUCGAUGAUGAGGAAAUGCCUAAAAGAAGGAGGAGGCUGACUCCUGUGUUGUUGGAUACUAGAGUAAGGAACAAGCUAUUGAGCCCCGAGGAAUCUAAAAUAGAAGGUUUUGAAAGGGCUAGAGCUAAAUCAUCCGAGUCUGAAGAAAGAGGUAUCCAUGGAAGAAUGUCCAGUGGUGAUGAUCAUCCUGGUAUUGAAUCAGAGAAGGAUGACUAUAUGGAGAUUGAUGCUCAAGGCAGGAAAAGUGAAACCAGCAACAGUCACUCAGAUACGGAUUCUGAAGAUGCAGAUGAUAGCCGAGAGACUCCAGAACCUCCAGCUCCACCACAAAGAAUGGUCAACAUGCUUCAGGGUUGUAGAAGUGUUGAUGAAUUUGAGAGAUUGAACAAAAUAGAUGAAGGAACGUACGGUGUUGUAUAUAGGGCUAGAGAUAAGAAGUCUGGGGAAAUUGUAGCAUUGAAGAAGGUCAAGAUGGAGAAGGAAAAAGAAGGGUUCCCUCUGACUUCUCUUAGGGAAAUAAACAUUCUUCUUUCUUUUCACCACCCAUCUAUAGUUGACGUUAAGGAAGUAGUGGUAGGUAGUAGCCUUGAUAGUAUUUUCAUGGUUAUGGAAUAUAUGGAACAUGAUCUUAAAGGACUAAUGGAGGCAAUGAAGCAACCAUUUAGCCAGAGUGAAGUAAAGUGCUUAAUGAUCCAGCUUUUAGAAGGUGUGAAAUAUCUUCAUGACAAUUGGGUGCUUCAUAGGGAUUUGAAGACUUCGAACCUUCUUCUAAAUAAUAGGGGUGAGCUAAAAAUUUGUGAUUUUGGGUUGGCUCGUCAGUAUGGGAGUCCUUUGAAACCAUAUACGCACCUGGUGGUUACUCUUUGGUACAGGGCACCUGAACUUCUUCUAGGGGCAAAACAGUAUUCAACAGCGAUUGACAUGUGGUCUCUAGGUUGUAUAAUGGCUGAGCUAUUGUCUAAGGAACCACUAUUUAAUGGGAAAACAGAAUUUGAUCAACUUGACAAGAUUUUCAGGAUUCUUGGCACACCAAAUAAAACAAUUUGGCCUGGGUUCUCAAAAUUACCUGGAGUCAAGGUCAAUUUUGUCAAGCACCAGUAUAACCUUCUCCGUAAAAAGUUCCCUGCUACAUCAUUCACUGGAUCUCCAGUUCUUUCUGAUUCUGGAUUUGAUUUGUUGAACAAGCUCCUAACUUAUGACCCUGAAAAGCGGAUCACGGCUGAAGAUGCUCUUAAUCAUGAGUGGUUCCGUGAAGUUCCUCUUCCUAAGAGUAAAGAGUUCAUGCCUACAUUUCCUGCUCAACAUGCUCAGGACAGGCGGAUGCGGAGAAUAUUAAAGAGUCCAGAUCCUUUGGAGGAGCAGCGCCGGAAGGAGUUGCAGCAGGGUGAAUCAGGGACUGGUGGAAUUUUUGGCUAAGAAUGGUGCUAUCUAAACCUAUGUCUCAAUAAUCAUUCUAAUACACUCCGCCGAAUGCUUGCAUGUAUGAGGUGAGGGUAUGCACUGAACGGAAGUUGCAAGCAUUGUUUGUUAGACGAUCACUCUUGCUGUUUUUUAGCAGGAACUUAUUGGUUUGAGCAGAGAUGUAUUCUUUUACCUCCUGGGAACCAGAUUUAUUUCAGGUUAACAUUUUUCAUGCUUGGUCUUUAUAUAGAAAUACAUCCGGGACACUGCUUGCAGUUCAAGAUGUGGCAUAAUUGCCUUCUGAAAUUAGGAAUAGUCAGUGUCUGCCUAAACUUGUGUAUGUAACAUAUUUUCAUUGGCAUAUUGUAAACAUUUUAUCUGGUUUUGAGUAUUAAAGCAGUAUGGAUUUUCUAUCAGCUAUCAGUUCUUUUUUUUUUUUUUUUUUAAUAUUCACAUUGUGUUUGCAAGAGACUGUUGGUGUGAAGUGGAAGAGGGCCUUCUGUGCAUCUCAUUGAAGAAAUUGACAGUGACUUUAUGCUUUAAAAGUAUCAAAGCAAGCAGGUUGAGGAGGUUACCAGUAUUUCCUAAAGUAUAGAACUUCAGUUAGUUGUUCCUUCAGGCUCUCUAGAGGUACAAUGCAAACCUUGGUUUGUUAUGAUGUGUUUCUGCAGUUCUUGCAUCUCCAUGGAUUUUAAGAUCAGAAUUAUUUACUUCUCUUAUUGAUGAUGUAGUAAUUCCUUUUGUAUUGUAGACCCCCCUCCCUCUCCCCUCCUUUUUUUUUUUCCAGAAUGAGAUGUGAUGUUUUAUGACAUUGAGGUAAUAUUGAUUGCUUGAAUGUUCUUUUAAAUUCACGGUAAAGUGUAUGAUCCUAACAUUUUUUUUUUUUUUGAGAAACUGUUUUCCUUGGAAGAAAGUUGACCAGGGCUAAUAAUGUAAAUUUCUGAUUCCUUCUGGCUCUAACAACUGUAACCAGGUUUUUACUUUAGGUUCCCUCUAUAAAAAUUUCUAAAUACUAUGUUACUUCUGUACAAUUUGCAUCAGGCUCUAAAUUACUGUGUUUGAAAUCUGGAGCCUUAAACUAGAUAUCCUCAUGUUCAAUGGUGAAAUUUAAGGUGGUCAAAUUGAGAGUUUGCUCGGUUCGAUCCCCGUAUGUCACUUGUGGAAUUAGUUUAAAUAUCUUCAUACCUGACCUACCUUGCAUUUCAAAUUAGUCCCAUAGUCGGUUCAAAGAGUUAAAACUUGUGGGGAUACCUGGAGGAGCCAACUCGCCUCAAAAAAGUAGUUAGGGUUGGAUAACUCCAAAAAUAAAAAUUGAGAGAGCUUGUUUGAUAUGAAAUUUAAUCUUUUGGGAAUUAAUUGUUGGUUUAUGGUUACCCGCUAUUUCUUAGUGCUCCAAUUAUCUUAUACCUAUUAAAGGAAUCAAGUUGUCAGCAUCUACAGCUUUUGUGCGUUGUUUUUCAGUGCUUGUAUUAAGAAUGGGUUUUCUUUCUUUUUUUCCUGUUCAUAUAUUAUUUGGUUUUUCAUUGUUUUUUUUUCCCCAUCCUUGACAUAUGGGAUAUUUAUUUAACUAGUGGGAUCUAGUUGCUUCGCUUGCAUGCAUUUGCUAAUAAUUGAUGCAUUUUUAUAAUGUUCUUUAUGAUACAAUUGAUAAUUCUAUUAAUUCGUAUAGCUGGGAUAUUGGGUUGUAGGAGAUGUAAAGCGUCCACUUCCCAUUCAAUAUCAUUUACUGGAGGAUAUUGUAGUAAGCAUAAGUUUUGUGGCUUUUCUUUUCCUCCCUUUCUGUAGGCUGUGGCAGGUUGUGACAUUGAAUUUAUUCUGUUUUUAAGUGCAAUGUGGGUUUGGGUGGUGGGUCUGGGGUUGUAUUUGACAGGUUGCCUUUGUGCUUUAAGAAUGUGCAAUCAAUUUUACUUUCUGUGCGGUUGUAGCAUUGUGAUUGUUGUAUGCAAUUAAAUCUUUGGUGAAUGAGGACUAGUUAGACUAUGUUGAAGGAUUUUGGGAGAUGAUUAAAAUAGACUAGUUAAUCAAAACUAUUUUCUAGGAAUUUGGAAGUUAGAUAGUUGAAAUGGUUGUGACGUUGAGGAACAGACUAUCAUGAUUUGCUUAAACUUGCUUCAUGGUGCUUUUCUAUCAAGCAUUAGGGUUAGGUAUUGUGUAAGCAGUACGUGAUCCACACAGGAAGAGGCACUCCUGACCUAAAUGAUGGUGCGUCACCAAUUCAUCACUUGGACACAGGCCAGUAGGAUUGAUGGCGCUAAACAUGGGGCAAUGCGUGUAGUUGAAUUUUGAGAGAUCGAAGCAUAGUUACAUGAGGCAUGCAGAGGCGAUUUGGCAUAUGGUUAAUUUUAUUCUUCUAUUUAUUUUUUGUUUCUACCAAUGUUUUAUAGUUUACAUUUUAUUUUAUCUGUUUGAGGCAACCAUCGAAGUAUUUUGCGUGACAAACAUAGAAGGCAAUGGAACUUCCAAAUAAACUAAUUCGACCUGAAGGAGAGAUGAAUUUUGAGGGUAUUUGAACUUUAAAUGGCAAGCAACACAAGUAGGCUCGUGCUAUGUAAAGGCAAC